UGGCCCUCGGAUCAACUGUUUUGAUCCGAUCUGGCCCCCCUGACAAAGGAAGACUUUUUUUGCACAUAUCACACAUAUCUGACUCUAUAUAGUGAGAAGGAGUCUCGCUCUGAACUGCGCGAGGAGUUGAGCCCACCGAGCAGGUGACCGUUUGCGCGCUGCAGGUUUUGCGCUUUGGACAAUGCUUGCAAUUAGUGGUGGGAAUCUAUCUAUUAUCAUCGUUUCAGCCUUAAAAGAAAGUGUGCGUGGAUUUUUAACUGCAGGCGUCUUCUGAAGCAUCAUCACACAUCAAAUCGGUCAUUUAUUUGUCAAAGCUGUGGAGGAGUCUUGUUGGAGUUGGACCCUCUGGCGCUUGUUUGGCCAAAGUGCUUUCGCUCUCCAGCUCAGCUUCUUUUUUUGUUUCUUAAGUUCAAAAAAAGUGCACCGCAGGACAGGGUUUUAAAUGUUCGGGAUCGGGGAGCAUCUGAUACGAGAAGUGAGCGGAUUAAAAGAGAGGAGUCUUGCAGAGGAGAUGGAUCCGAUCCGGUCGUGGGUGCGUAAUGUUGGAGUCGUGGAUGCGAACGUAGCUGCUCAAAGUGGAGUAGCUCUGUCCAGAGCUCAUUUUGAGAAGCAGCCGCCCUCGAAUCUCCGCAAGUCCAACUUCUUCCACUUUGUCCUGGCGCUCUACGACAGACACGGCCAACCUGUGGAGGUGGAGAGGACUGCCUUUGUGGACUUUGUUGAACAUGACAAGGAGCAGACGGGAGAAAAGACCAACAACGGUACGCACUACAAGCUGCAGCUCCUCUACAGCAACGGGGUUCGCACGGAGCAGGAUCUUUACGCACGACUCAUCGACUCCGUCACUAAACAGCCCAUAGCGUACGAAGGACAAAACAAGAAUCCAGAAAUGUGCAGAGUUCUGCUCACACACGAGGUUAUGUGCAGCCGCUGUUGUGAGAAGAAAAGUUGUGGCAACCGAAACGAGACGCCCUCUGACCCGGUCAUCAUUGACAGGUUUUUCUUGAAGUUUUUCCUGAAAUGUAACCAGAAUUGUCUGAAGACGGCGGGAAACCCGAGGGAUAUGAGGAGAUUUCAGGUGGUCUUGUCCACCACUGUGUGCGUAGACGGCCACGUCCUAGCCGUGUCCGACAACAUGUUCGUCCACAACAACUCCAAACACGGUCGGAGGGCCCGCAGACUGGAGCCAGGAGAGUCUGUGGAGAAUUCUAUGGAAUAUGCCACCCCGUGUAUCAAAGCCAUCAGUCCCAGUGAGGGCUGGACCACCGGCGGCGCCAUGGUCAUCGUCAUCGGGGAGAACUUCUUUGACGGGCUGCAGGUGGUGUUUGGCAGCAUGCUCGUGUGGAGCGAGCUGAUCACGCCGCACGCUAUCCGUGUCCAGACGCCUCCUCGACACAUCCCCGGGGUCGUGGAGGUCACACUGUCAUAUAAAUCCAAACAGUUCUGCAAGGGAGCGCCCGGACGCUUCAUCUACACAGCCCUAAAUGAGCCAACUAUAGACUACGGUUUCCAGCGCCUUCAAAAGGUCAUUCCUCGACAUCCUGGUGACCCAGAGAAACUAGCCAAGGAGAUCCUCCUGAAGAGAGCGGCAGAUCUUGUGGAGGCCCUGUACGGAAAUCCACACAGUAAUCAGGAUAUGCUGCUGAAACGUGCGGCCGACAUCGCCGAGGCGCUCUACAGCGUUCCCCGUCCUCACAGUCAGCUGCAGGCACUGCCCAGCUCGCCAGCCCACGGCAGCGUCAUGGGCCUGGGCUCCUAUCCCUCCCAGUUAGGCGUCAGCAUCGGGGAUCACGGACAGAGCAGCCAAGGUUACAUUAGAAAUUCCAGCAGUUUGUCUCCGAGGGGUUACCCAUCAGCCUCCACUCCUCAGCAGUCGAGCUACGGGGGCAGCGGAGGGAUGACCGGAGGCUAUGGGACGGUUCCCAUGACCAGUCUAGGAGUACCUGGCUCUCCUGGUUUCAGCAGCGCCUCCCCCACAGGCUCUCCCUACAUAAUGCCAUCCAGCCCCACCAUACCAGGAAGCUCCAGCUCCUCAUCGUCCCUCUUGCCUUUCUCCUCCUUCCCGUCUGCUGCUAAACAGAAGAGUGCUUUUGCUCCCGUCCUCAGGCCCCAGGGCUCCCCCUCCCCGGCCUGCCCCGCCUCAGGGGGGAACAGCUUCAGAGGUAGCCAUCCAACUCACUAUCUGACCCCCCUGUCUGAACUCACCAAUGCAGUCUAACCCCCUUCUACUAACCGCUCGCAAGCUUUGACUCAACAAGACAGAAAAAAAAAGUUGCUGGAUGUACAAUAAUGCAAGAACCUGAUUGAUUAGAAUCAUAGAUUUUGUAUAUUUUUUUCUCUCCAGCGAUGACGGGCCUGGUUGUUCCCCCGAUGUAGCAAAGCACCCCAAUCUACCCCCGACCACUGCUUCACUUAGCCCCUCCUUUGGCAUUAAGAGGGAAGGGAGAAUGGAAAAUUUAUCACUAGCGACCAUGUAUAACUUUCCCUUCCUGAGCCCCCCACCCCCCACUGCCCCCUCGCCAUUUCUCAGUCCCUUUUUCAUCCAGGUGGAUGAAAAGGACGGGGUACAAAAAUGUCCAAAGACCAGCCAUCUACUCCAGAGGCACAGCACAUAACUUCACCCACAACUACAGCUCCUUAUAGCUAACAGCACCAGACUGGACCAUGUAUCGCUGUGUGUGUGUGUGUGUGUGUCAUGAAGCAUUUUGAAAGGAAACAAAAGGAAAGCUUCAAAAGCACCUGUAUUUACCUCUGGCCUGCUAUCACAUGCAGUAUCUGAUUCUUCCAACAACCUGCCCGAACCUGGGCCAGAGACAAGAGCACUGACGGACAACUCUGAUAUUAAUGUUGCAGCUCUAAGGAGAAGCAGGGUGCUAUUUGUCUGUGUAUGGACACCUUAAAUGGCAUGUGUGUACACUGUCUGUGAGUUAGCAAGUUUUUUUUUGUAGUAGACUUUUUGAAGACAAUUUACAUUCCAGAAAAAUAGACCCUUUAUUUUUUGUUCUGAUCUCUACGGUUUUACAAGGGAGGACUCUUUGUCUCGAGGGUUAUUACUAAAGGAAUUCAUAUAUUGAUUUAUUUAAGAACAAGCAAUUUAACUUAUUAUAGGUAGUUUAGGGAAUAAUAUAAACGUGUUUUUAUAAAGUGGUCCUUUUCCAGCUGUUACUGAAAUGAAGUUAUCUCAACAAUUGCUAAUUAAUUUGCUAAAUGAUCACAGGGAAUUGUGGUGGAGAAGAUGAACUCUAGCACACUUUUUUUGGAAUAAAACGUCCCCAGAUUUCAGGUUCUUGCAUAACGAAAUCUUAAUGUUAUGCAUCUAAAGAAGGUUAUUGUCCUUGUGUAAAGGAAAAAUGUUAGUUAGCCUUAUCCAUUUUAAUUUCACUUAUAAUGCAUGCCUUGUCACACCAAUGCCCUGAUAUUAUUUCAUUCCACAUUGCAAAUUUGAAUUUACUAUAUAGAUUUUGCAGUUUCAUUUUAAAUGUCUCAACCCAGUACAGGUCUCUAGUCACUAUGCAGUACAGUAAAUGAAAGCACAAACUGCUCAGUUGAAAAGAACGGGGCAUAUUAGGUGUUCAUGAACCCAUAUCAUUGAUUUCUGUCAUCAUCACGACACAAACUUCAUUCUCAGGACGUGAAAACAAAGAACACAAAGAGUAGAAGACAUUUGCAAAUUUGUUUUUUUUUUAGAGUUUGGUUAAUUUUAUUUAUUUAAAAAAAUAUUAGCAAUUUAAUAUUAUGUUUUUUUGAAGCAUCUUUCUUUGAAACGGUACACAAAAUGGUGCAAAUGUGAUUUGUAUAUCUCAAGGUGUAAUUAUAUUUUGUGCUCCAAAUAAAACAAAUAAGAA